GAGUAACUCGGGCAGUUGACUGAAAUUGCCAUUGGAGUAAAUCCGCCUAGGAGAUACGAACAAAUCCUCAGCUCAUUUAAACGCUCACUAGUCACAACUGCCCAAUAGUGGGUGUUGAUCCAGCCAAUUAUUCAAUCAAUAAUUCUUCAUUAAAUAUCGUUUGCAUUAUAUCAUUUUGUUUACGUUACAAUAUGUCUGGCCUCUACACAGGAUGUAUUCACUUGUGGCGAUGCCAAAUAAACCUCUUAGCCAAACUUAUCAAGUGUGGUUGCUGAAAUAGUGGCAUCCUAUGAUAUCAAUAGAAGAUUUUGAAGGGAGCUGUCGAGAGACAUUGGACAAUCGUACGUACAGUGAGUAUUGAAUGUUGGUUGUCCUUACUGUGGAUUUAAGUAUUUGAGGUUGAGAUUUUUCUCCGUUACUGCGGAUGUACAUUUGCUAAGAAAAGACAAAAUCUUAUUUUGGAUAAAAGCGGCGCAGAAUCUUUAGUGAAGAAGUCACAAGCCAGUAGUGAUAAUGGAGUAACUUUGUACCUCAAAAUGAUGCAAACUUUUAUAUCACAACGAAUUUGCUUCGGUUGUUCAAUUCUCUUAUUCUUGCUGGGAUCAAUAUUUUUAUAUGUACAUAUCUCCCGUUCUCAAAAUAUCCCGAAUUUUUUGCGUAAACUCCCAUAUAAUGUGACAGUUUUUGGAAAUUCUGUUGUUUCACAACAACAAGAAUGCCCAAGAGAAAAUCCUCACGCUACUUUUUUCAUGAUUCCCAACAAUCCAUCCUUUUGUUAUCACUAGUUGGGCGUUUAAAAAUCGAGACUAAUGUACCUACUUGGGAUUCCUUAGUCGAGAAAUAUGCAUCAUCAUCCCCUCAACGUAAAAUUAUCCUUUCAAAAGGUGGCAACUAUUCAUAUCCCAGUUUAAAUCCUGUCGUGAUUCCCGAUGAAUCUAUUAAUUCCCACAAUUACACUGAUUCAUUGAAGAAAUAUGUCGGAUUGUGGCGUCCAAUUGUCUGUGAUCCAACUGAAAAUCUGGCUAUUAUUGUCCCGUACCGAAAUCGUGAUAUUCAUUUGCGUAUGUUUUUAGAACAUAUGCAUGCUUUUCUACGUAAACAACUGCUUAUGUAUACCAUUUUUAUUAUAAAUCAAGCUGGUAAAACUCAUUUCAACCGCGCCCUCCUUCUGAAUGUUGGGUUUAUCGAAUCGAAGCGGGUUACGAAUUUCGAUUGCUUCAUAUUUCAUGAUGUGGAUUUAUUGCCUGAAGACGAUCGAAAUUCAUAUCGUUGUGGCGACCAACCGAGACACCUAUCUGUUGCUGUGGACAAGUUUAACUACCGUCUUCCUUAUCUUAAUAUUUUUGGCGGAGCUGUGGCGUUCACCAAGGAACAGUUUGUAAAGGUUGGUGGGUUUUCAAAUAUGUAUUUUGGAUGGGGUGGAGAAGAUGACGAUUUAUACGCUAGAGUAGUUUAUCAUAAUUACAGCAUUAUGCGUUACCCUGAAGAAAUCUCUCGUUACAAAAUGAUUAGUCAUAAGAAAGAUCCAGAUAAUCCGGACAAUCCUAAACGUAACGAACUUCUGAAGAAUGCAUCAAGUCGCUUUCAAACAGAUGGUUAUUGGAAUGCGAAUUAUACGCUACUGGAGUCCUACCCUGCUUACAAUGGCCUGUUUUAUUGGGUGUCGAUUAGUCCAUAAGUGGGUGAGAAGAUUUAGCACAUUCUGAUUAUUUGUUUUGUCACAGAUUACUCCGUAUACCAAGAUCACAUCGUCCACAAAAUUCCCUAUAAUUUUUCUACUCAAUGACCUUUCCUACUGGCACUUUCAUUUUGUUCAGUUUCCAUAAUAUUUACCAACUAUUUUUUCUGUUACGUUUAUGUUUAUUCUACAUUUUGUAUAUUUUACACAAAAUGAUGUUGUUUUUUUCCACGCCUAAUUUCUGGAUUUAUAAUUUCUUUAGACAAAUUCGACGACCUGUAAACGCUGCUUAGUUAAAAAAAGCGUGUUGUAAUUGAUUACGUUUAUAAUUUAUUGUUAGUUCCAUUGAUAAAAAAGUAUUUACUGUUCAAUUUUAAAGAUUUUAAUUGUAUGCCAUAGCAACAGGAACAUUGCGAAAAGAUCUUUUCCCAUGAUAGUUUUAAAAAAUAAAUUCGAUUGUCAGAUAAAACUAAAUACUUCAUAAAUUUGUUUCUGUUACAUGUGUAGUAGUAGAAUUUUUCUUUGAUAGAUUCAUAUUAUCAACUUAACCAGUCAAAACUUGUAAUUGGCGAUUUGAUCGAAAACAUUGAAAAACCAAUUGGUCAAAUGUAAGUCAGUUGGUAGUAAUAUCACUAAGCAUAAACUUGUUAAUUUAUUGCAAACAAUUAGUAUUCAAUAU